GUUCAGUCACUUCAGUAGUUGUAGGAUAGAAGGCGGUGUUUUGCUUUGUCGGCAAAAAGUGAAAGUUUCUUAAUUUAAGUGUAAAUAGUCGAUACUUACGAUCGAUGGCUCCAUAUGGUUCUCAUCAAGAAGCCAUAUUACCAGUGCCGCGUAUACAACUUGAAUAAAUAUGGGAGACCAUAAAAUGAAUGGUGAAUUGAGGAAGAGAGAAGAAGUCCUGAGCAAACCGGCAAAACAAUUAAUACAGGAUAAUGAUGAAAAAAUAACUUAUAAAAACUCAUCCGGAAACUCUAAGGCCAUUGGCCUAGUUUUCGUUUCGCUUCUGCUGGAUCUUUUGGCUUUUACCAUGAUUUUACCUCUGCUACCUUCUUUAUUGGAUUAUUAUAAUAGGGAAGAAGGGAAAGGCACAACUUUAUAUGCCUCCUUAUUGGGAGCAGUUGAAAGCUUUCAAAAACUAACAGGGGCCCCAGAAAAACUAGCCUCAGUAUUAUUUGGUGGUGCACUGGGCUCUAUGUACAGCUUUCUACAGUUUUUAACAAGUCCCAUAGUUGGAAGUCUCUCUGAUGCUUAUGGAAGGAAACCCAUGCUUUUACUGUGUUUGAUAGGGAUAGCAACAUCACAUGCACUAUGGAGCUUUGCAAGCACAUUCAGUAUAUUUGUGCUGGCUCGGUUUAUCGGAGGUCUCAGCAAGGCCAAUGUCAGCUUGAGCAUGGCUGUUGUUGCCGAUGCCUCCAAUGAGAAGACGCGGGCUAGAGGAAUGGCACUGGUGGGUUUGGCGUUCUCAAUAGGGUUCAUCGUAGGCCCCCUGGCGGGCGCGUGGUUCGCGAAAAACAACGACAACUCUUCCGGCCUUUGGGGCGAGCGGCCCGCGUUCUACGCACUUUCGUUAUCUCUUGCGAAUAUUGCUCUAGUCAUAUUUUGCUUGCCCGAGUCACUGCCAAAGGAAAAAAGGGCAUCUCUCUCGUUCACUUUAUCCAAGGCAUUGGACUACAUAUCUCCUUGGCAUUUGCUGAAAUUCACGGCAGUUAAAAAUCUAUCGAAACACCAGAAUGAAGUGCUGUCAAAGCUGGGGCUAAUAUACUUAAUGUAUCUGUUCAUAUACUCGGGCCUAGAGUUCACUAUCACAUUCCUGACGCAUCAUACUUUUAACUAUACUGCCAUGCAGCAAGGGAAGAUGUUCUUGGUUAUAGGUUUAAUAAUGGCCGUGCUACAAGGCGGCGCGGCGCGGAGGCUCGGCGCCGCCGGCGCGGUGCGAGCGGCGCGAGGGGCCCUAGCUCUCACCCCAGUGUCGUUCCUAUGUGUGGCGUUAGCUGCAGUCCCGCAGCCGCCUCUGGUGGCCCCCCUAGCCUGGCUAUGGCUGGGACUCGUCCUCUUCGCUAUAUCGACAGCGUUCGCAGUGUCCUGCAUGACGUCAAUGGCGGCGGGGCAAGCGCCGGCGGCCGCGCGCGGCGCCGUGCUCGGGGCUCUGCGUUCUCUUGGAGCACUCGCGCGGGCGAUGGGACCCCUUGUCGCUGCUUCAGCAUCAGGCAAAGCCGGCGCAGCGCACAGAGAAAUAAUAAGACUAAAGAACGAGCUAGAACAGUUAGAGGAGGAGAACAACAUGCUGCGUCUCAAGUUCGAGAUAUUAUUAGACAUGAUGACAGACAAGACUGUGGAGGCGGAGCAAGCGGAGAUGCAGAAAGCGCAGAGUUUGAGCUCGCUUAAGCAGAAGAGUAAAAAGCAGAAAUGGUAGUAUGUAGGUAUGCAGAGGAUACCCUCCUGUGUGCAUAAUUGCGGAGCGGUAGUUACGUGUAACCUGUACAUAAUUGCCUAGUAUCAUAAUGGUGAUAGACGCUCCUCCAACAUCAGACGUAGCACUAAGGAUUAAUAAUCAACCUGUUUGCCUGUGUUUAGUACCGAAAAUUCUCCCUCCUGGGGGCCUAGCCAUGGAAAAAUAUACCGGGAUGACAGAGCUACGAAAAGUCACGUGACUAUUUCCAUACAUAUAUUUUUGAUUGGCAUUUUCUAUCAACGACUGCAAUCUCGACUUAGGCCCUCUGAUCUUGGAAGAAAUCUUGAAGACUAUGCAAACUUCAGUAUAAAAUGAUUGGUUGGUAAGGGUUGUAACGGUCAAAAAAUAAAACGAAAUUGUAUAAUAAAUAAAAUCUUUACUUAUG